GAUUGUGCCGUCCAGCUUCAGAUAGCAAGCAUGACGGCCGUUCGAUUCCUUGUCUUCUUCCUAGAAGUCCCAUUUGCAGCAGGUGAAUCUCUGUUGCAACCCCUGGCGGUGGAGCAACCAGAUGCCAGCAUGUUUCCCUUGCCCCAACAAGCUCGCCAUCUACCACCCUUUGGCACAGAGGUCCAAGGGGCCAAGGCCACGAACAAGUUCUGGGCCAAUUGGGUGGUGGAAGAAGGGCGAGAACUGUCCAUUCAUCCCAUGCCCUACGUGCUGCGCUACGAAUCUUCCACUGGGGCACCAAACAUGAAGGUCUCCCGCGCCAGCAGUGACGCACGAGUGGUGCAGUAUGGUGAUUCUGAGACCAAUGGUGCCGACAAGAUCAGAUAUUACUUCUCACCCUUCGUGAGUGAGUUUGGCUUGUCAGCAGUGGAGUCAGCCAGCCAAGAAGGGCAAAUCAUUGUCAAAGAGGGCUUGUUCGGAGUUCAUGCGGAGGUUCGUGGACCCAGCGGGACUCAACGCAGAAUCCUCUUCCCCAUCUACAGCGGCAUGACUUAUGUCUCGGGAUUCUACACAGGUUUCACUCCGAAAAUUUCCUCCGACCGAGCUUUGCUUGUGAUUGAGCGUGUGAGCAAUGGAAUUUGGAGGCUCCUCAACAACGGCGGAAAAGAAUUCCGUGUCUAUGCCAUCGAUGCCCUUGGCGCCUUUGCCGAUGCCUCCUUCGAUUUUCACCCCGAUGGCCGGAUGACCAAGGCCUUUGAGGGCUGGAUUCGCUUGGCCGAGGUUCAGGCGCCAGAAGAUCGGGAGAUUCUGGACUUCCAUGCGGCAGCAGUUCUGGUGGAUUGGCAACUGGAGGUUGAACAAGACGGCAUCAUCAAGUACAGUUUCACGAAACAGGCAGCUGUUCCCAAGCAAGUCUUACACUUUGCCUAUGCCCACCACCAGAAGCUCUUGGCGGGCAAUGCGCAGGUGGUGACAGAACUCACCCCAUUGGCUCCGCCGACCAAAGGGCUGAUGAAGGGCAUUGCAGGUGACAUGUGGCAGUUGCAGGUCAACGUCUCUGAAGCGCGAUCCUUGGGUUUCUUACCAGCCAGCGAGCCAGAUGCAAGCAAAGCGGAGGACUUGAAAGAGAAGGCCUAUGGGACUUUGCAAUUCUUCUUGCACUCCGAUCAGUGGCGGCAAGCCAUGUUCAAGGGCAGCUACUACUUCAGUGGCAAAGGAUUUCAGAAGGUGGCCUACACCUGCCUCAUGUUGGAGAAGUAUUACGGAAGGGAGCACAGCCAUACCCAGUCCUGUGCAAAUUUGUUGCUCAGGGGCUUCCAAUGUCUCUACGCCCCGGGGCCGGCGCCGGAGUGCAACGGUGCCCCCAUCGACCUCUACUACGACUCAGCCUGGCACGGCGUGGCCAGCCGCGAAGGCUUCACGGACACCGGCUGCAGGACGGCGGACUUUGGCAAUGCGUGCUACAACGAUCAUCACUACCAUUUCAGUUACUUCGUGGUGUCCGCUGCAGUUUUGGUGAAGUUGAAGCCCGAGUUCGCCCAAAACACCCCGUUCGUUUCCUUUGUGGAUACCUUGAUCCGCGAUACCGCCAAUCCCAGCGUGCAGGACAGCCACUUCCCGCAGUUCCGUUCCUUCGACUGGUUCGAUCUUCACAGCUGGAGUCGUGGAGUGAUCCCAUCGGCCGAUGGCAAAGAUCAAGAGUCGACCUCUGAAGAACUGAACCUCUUGUAUGGCAUUCACUUGUGGGGCAUGGUGUUGCAGAGGGAGCCCUUGCAGGAACUGGGAAGCACCAUGCUGACCCUGUGCGCUCUGACAAUUCGGGAGUUUUUCCUGAUGACAGAUGACAACCCACACCAUCCAGAGGACUUUGUGACAAACCACGUGACAGGCAUCUUCUUCCAGAACAAGGUGGAUUACGCCACGUGGUUCGGCUGGCGAUACGACUUCAUUCAUGGCAUCCAGAUGCUUCCUGUUAGUCCCGCCCUGUUGAUGAUCAGGACCCCCGAGUUCUGCCGCCAGGAGUGGGACAACGUUCUGUCGCGGCUGCCUCUGAGUCCCACGGAUCCCUGGACGUCGUUGUUGGUCACUGGCACCCUGUCCAUCAUUGAGCCGCAAGAAGCUUACAGCAGGUUGAGUGCCAUGUUACCGGAGCACAUGGACGACGGCCUCACCUGGGCCUGGGCCCUUUAUUGGACCGCCUCCCUGGAGGCCGCCAAUGGCGGUGGGCCGAGUCCCAGCACCAGCCUGGCGUCCAGCACCGGGUCUACCGAAGCGCCUGAGGAGAACUUGGCCCUGUACCGCCUGGCCGUUGCGUCCUCCGAUCUCUCCGCCGACUUCGCCGCGGCACGGGCCGUGGACGGGCUCUUCGUGACCCGCUGGAGCCCAGUCAGCACGGAGCAGAACCCGUGGAUCUCGGUGGACCUGGGAGAGGUACACGCCUUGAGCCAUGUGGUGCUGUUGUGGGGGGAAUUUUAUCCCACAAGUUAUGUGUUGCAGGGCGCCACGGAAGCUGAUGCUUGGAGCAACUUGGCCGUGGUCGCGGGCUCUUCCGAGUUGUUGCGUUCCGACUUGCCGCGGCCCAGCUUUGCACGAUGGGUGCGGGUGGUGAUCCAGGGAAGUGGCGAUCUGCGGCUUUGGGAGUUUCAGGUGUUCGAAGACACCGAGACACCUGUCACCAGCGCAAGCACCACAGCGAGCACCACAUCGACCUCCACCGUGGCGACUGUCGCGACCACCGAGGUUGGCACGACCUUGUCUGGUGUGGUCACCACCCAGCCUGAAACGACAGUGGUGACAAGCACAGUUGGUCCAUCCACAACUCCGUUCUAUGGACCUAAUCUUGCGUUCCAAAAGCCGGUGCUGUCGUCGUCCUUCCGAUCUGCCACAGAACAUGCCUACAAGGCCGUGGAUGGGGACGUGGAAUCUCAAUGGGCUUCAGUGUCUUUGAACGAUCAAUGGCUGUGGGUGGACCUUCUGGGACUCUAUGCAGUGAAUCGCGUGGUGCUGCUCUUUGGUGAUGUGCCACAGCAAUUUGUCCUUCAGAGUGCUCCAGAUGGGAUCAAGUGGAGUGAUCUGGCCACGGUGAACGGAGCCACUGGCUUCGUGAGCACCGAAUUUCAGCCGGCCGUCUUGACGCAGUGGCUGAGGGUGGUUUGCCAAACAUCCUGCAGCAUUCGCGAGCUCACCAUCCAUGGUGACGUGCCUGGCGCAACGACGGCAACGACGGCCACCACCAGCAGCCCUCUGACGACCACCGCGGCCGUGUCGACCACCGAAGGCACCACGAGCACAACUGGACCUGUGAACCGAGUGAACCUGGCCGAGCUGAAACCCGUCUUGGCUUCCAGCCAGCGCCUGGCCACGGAGCACGUGAGUCGCAUGGUCGACGCCUCGCUGUCGACGCAGUGGGCCUCGGCCACGGGAGAUGUGGCGCCCUGGGCCUGGGUGGACCUCUUGGGUGUCUACAACGUUGUGGAGGUCGCGACUCAUUGGGCCGAAGAUGUGGGAGACUACGAGGUGCAAACCAGUCGCAAUGCCGUGGAGUGGACGACCGUGGCACACGGAGCAGGUUUGAGUGGCCAAAGCGUUCGCACCAUCUUUCCGGAGAACACGGCUGCGACGCAAUGGAUUCGCAUUGUUUGCUUGUCCUUUGCAUCCACUUGUGCCAUCAAAGAGCUCCACGUCUACGAUGUGGCUGGACCCACAGGGCCUGGCACCACAGCAACCACAGCAGCGAGCACGACAGCGCCAAGCAGCACGGCAGUACCAGGCGAGAAUGUGGCUUUGAACAAGCCAGUGCUUGCUUCCUCUUCUGUGUUGCCAAAUGAAUAUGCUUCCAGAGCCGUGGAUGGGGUCGCCAGCACCCAGUGGAGUUCUGGUGCUGGUGAUCAGUGGAUUUGGGUGGAUUUGUUGGGCAAGUACACGCUCAACCACGUGGUGUUGAUGUGGGGCAGCCAGCUGCCCAACAGCUUCAACCUGGAGACCAGCUUCAACGCAGUUGAUUGGGACUCUGCUGUCCUUCAGCAGUUGCCUACGGCCGGCGCGCAGCAGGUGGCCCUAGGCGGUACGGCGCAGUGGCUGCGAGUCUACUGCACAGGAGGGUGCAGCAUUCAAGAACUGCAGGUCUAUGGCACUCCUGUGAACCGCCGGCUGGAGCAGGAAGUAAGCGCACCAAUUCUGGUGUAAGUUUCCAACAAGCCACGACCUCAACCUUAUGAGGGCUUAUGAAUCAAACAUCUUGGGCCCUUCGCCGAUUGGUUUCCUCCAACAACGGAGGACAACCGUUUUUUUUUGGAGGGUCCCCGAUGUUUGGUGCGAAGAUCGUGAGCUUUCCUUCGCUGCUUUUUUUUUUCUGACUUGGGUUUCGACACUACAAAAAUGGUGUCGGAGCUUCAUUUCGGACAACACAUUUCUCUGUGGCUGGGUUUGAUCCUGCCGUGCGUUGACCUGUUUUUGUAUAGUCCAUUGCUCUGGACUGACAAUGUAGUCCAUGGCCAUGUUUUCCACACAUUUUUGCAAAGCUUGGUGGCUGGUUCUGGGGCUUAAAUCUUGCCGUUC